AUGCACCUCCACAUCGCCAUCCUCGACCUCGACGUCCCCGUCCCAACAGUCUACGCCACGCGAGGCCUCUACAGCUCGCAAUUCACCCAUCUCCUCGCCUCCGCCGCAGCACGUCUCUCACAAUCCCUCAGCCAAGAAAUAACAAUAAGCACAUCCUCCUACGAUGUCGUCGGGGGUAUCUUCCCCCCAGCACAUCUCCUCCAGCCCUCUUCCCCAAGCCCUGGAGGGAAAGAAAGUAUAGACGGCAUCCUCCUAACCGGCUCCUCGGCCUCAGUCUACCGCGCAGACCAACACGCGUGGAUUUCCUCUCUGCAGGCUUUUCUUGAAGUUGUUUAUAUGAGGUACCCGCACAUCAAGCUCUUCGGCUCGUGUUUCGGGCAUCAGAUGCUCGCGCGGACGCUCAUGCCGGGGUGCGUGGUUGAGGCUUGUGCGGGGGGAUACGAGGUGGGUGUGCAUGCUAUUGCGCUGCAGGGGGAGUUUGUGACGAGGUUUGGGUUUCCUUUACCACCAUCCCUGAUAUCAGCGCCUGCGGCAGAGGGAGCGGGGAAGGAGAUGAGGCUGCAGCUUGUCCAUGGGGAUUGGGUUGUAUGCGAGCGAGCGCUGCCAGACGACUGGGUGAAUGUGGGCUCGACGCCGCGGUGUCCUAUCCAGGGGCUGUAUCGUCCCGGACGGGUGUUGACUUUCCAGGGGCACUUUGAGUUUGAUGUUUUUGUGAAUAGGGAGACGUGUUUGGAGUUUGGGAGGAGGUGGGGGUGGGAUGGGGAGGUGGUAGAGGGGUAUUUGAGGGCGAUUGAGGCGGGUGAUGGGGAGGAUGAUGCGGAGGUUGCGGCGGAGAUGGUGGUUUGGUUCUUUGCGGGGGAGGAUAUGAGAGCUGCUGAUUUUGGUCAAAGUGAGGUGAAGAUGAUGGAGGGAGGGCUGUUGACGCCUCCGUUGGAGUAG